CGCGCUGUCAGUCUGUAGAGAGUCUUCUGAAGUCAGCUGAGGAAAUUGUACGUCGUGUAUUUGGUAUUUACACAACUGUGACAUAUUUUUGGUUUCAUUAUUAAAAUAACAGCAUAUACUUGAGGAGUUACUGCGAUAUAAUUAAUAUUAAGCCUGUGAGGAGCCACGCGGGACCUUUUAAAUCCACCACAAGAGACCUGAUGGAAGACAGUGAGGAAAGUGAAGAACUGAGUGAGGCAGAGGAGAAGCAUCAUCUUAUCAAAACUAGUAAAGAAUCUUUGAGUCACUCACAGACUGAAAGUAAGUUAUUGAAAAGAAGAGCUAAAAAGUCUUUCACCUGCCCUCAGUGUGGGAAGCGUUUCGCAGUAAAAGGAAGCCUGACGAGACACACGAGAGUCCACACGGGAGAGAAUCUGCACACGUGUGAUCAGUGCGGGAAGAGUUUUUUGUCAAAAGGAGACCUUCAGGUUCACAUGAGAAUCCACACUGGAGAGAAGCCGUACUCGUGUGAUCAGUGCGGGAUGAGUUUCAGACACAUACAGUGUCUUAAACUUCACAUGAGAGUUCAUAGUGGAGAGAAGCCGUACACGUGUGAUCAGUGUGGGAAGAGUUUCAGAUACAUACAGUGUCUUAAACUUCACAUGAGAGAUUCAUACCGUGGAGAAAAGCCGCACACAUGUGAUCAAUGUGGGAUGAGUUUCAGACAAAAAGGAUCUCUUAAUGUACACAUGAAAAUCCACUCCGGAGAGAAGCCGUUUGCGUGUGAUCAGUGUGGGAGGAGUUUCAGAAAGGCGUGUACUUUAAAAAUACACCUGCGGUGUCAUUCUGGAGAAAGACCUUUUACCUGUGAUCAGUGCGGUAAAAACUUUUGCAGAGCAGAUUCCCUAAUGAUGCACCAGAAAAUACAUAGACAGGAGAAGCCUUACAUGUGUUCUCUGUGUGGAAAGAGUUUUAGUCAGUCGGGUACUUUAAAAAUACAUCAGAAAAGACACAAUAGUGUGAAGAAUCAUAUGUGCUUUGAUUGUGGGAAGACUUUUGUUAGAGAUGCUGAACUGAAACUGCACCAGAGAAUGCACAGUGAGGAAAAACCUUACAAGUGUUCGAAAUGUGACAAGAGAUUCAAAUGGUCAGAAUAUCUGAAAUUACAUGAGAGGACCCACACCGGAGACAAACCUUACAAGUGUUCAUACUGUGACAAGAGAUUCAGAUGGUCAGAUUAUGUGAAAAAACAUGAGAGGAUCCACACUGGAGAGCAGCCGUAUCACUGCAUUCAAUGCGGGAAGAGUUUCACUCACUCGUCUGCUUUACUCAGUCAUACAAAAAACACAUGUCUGAAAUCAGCUUCAGAUCCAGCACAUUUAAAUGCAACAACGUGUUCUCACCAAACAUGACCCAGUCUCUUCUGUAGAUGUAAAUCUACCCUAACCAAGUGACAUACAAACAAAAUGAAUGAGAAACAGAGCCUACUUUCUUCCAUUGCGUAUGUUUAUCUACGGCUGAGACGAGAACGAUCACAUGAGCUCUACCAUCUUCUUUCCUAUUGGCUGUCACUCCCUAAAGUCGCUCUUCAUUUGCAUAAAGUUGAAGGAUUCUGAACUUUGUCGCGUCGCUGGACACGCCCCAUCCGGGAGCCAACGGCCGCUGUCGCUCGUGUCGCCGGCAUUCCAUUGGAAUUAAUGGGAUUGUGUUGCUUUUCUGUUGUGUGUCACUUGUAGUGUGAACGAGGCUUGAGUGCACUCAUUCUUGCAUGUACAUAUAAUUUAAUUUUUACCACCUGCAAACUCACAAGGAACUCAUAACUCAUCAUUGCUUCUCCACGUUUGCCCUCUGCUCAUUUUUUUUUUUUGGUUACACUGUGUCGUCAAAUCAUGUCGCAUCUUGUCAUUACUUACUGUUUUUGGUUCGUUUAGAAGUAUUUUGUCAGUGUUGCAUUCAUAUAUCAUUUCGAACUGCACCAGAGUUUGUUUGGAAGCAGACCGAGACCCAUCUUUUAAGCGGUCUCGGUCCCCUUGUUUGAUGCGCACCAGGGUUCGUAUGGCAGAGUUCACACUUACUCAAAAGAACCGCACUAACAGAGCAAUCACACCAGGGUUCGUUUUAAUCGAACCAAACAUGACAAGUGUGAACGCACCCUUAGUUCAUUUUCUCAGCACGAAAAAGAAAAACAGCAGUGGGAAUAAAGACAUAGCAGUUUGAUUUUUUGUUCAAUCCUUUGUUCAUUUUGUUUAAUGUAUUUUAUAGAUGUUUUGUUAAUUUCGCCUCCCGGAAAUGUAGUUAUCACUAUAGUUGCCAGGCUGUUAUUGAAAAUAAGAACUUGUUCUUAAUUAAUUUGCCUGGUUAAAUAUAGUGACCUCACUCACCCAGUGUUUGGGCUUCUAAGCCAGUUUUACAUGUUUAAACAAUCAUGAAGUUUAAGUUUCUUAAGCAAAAAGAGUGACUGUUGUAUUUUUUUUUUAUUGCUUACAGGCUCUUUGUGUGCAUCAUAUAUCAUUUAUUUAAUAUUAAAAAUAAUUGUACAUUUUCAAGAAACUUAUGAAAAUAUGAAUUGAAACUGAAUAAAAUGUCUUUGGCACAAAUCUCUCGUGGGGGUGGGGCUAGCAGUGGUGUGUUCUCAUUGGCUACUGAGUAUAUGAUUGACAGCUUCUUGACCUGGAAGUGAAGAGGUCCAUAAGCCCGGCUUCUUGUUUCAUGCUAGUGAUAUAAAAUGAGGGGAGAGCGGGGUGAUUUGAGCCUGUGGGGAAGUUGAACCAACUCUUGUAUAUAUGUAGAAUUGCAGUAAAAUACUUUUCAAUCGUAAAAAGGGGUGAGCCACUGGCUCAACUUACCCCAGGACAUUUGGCUCAAAUUACCCCACAUCUACCAUUUUAACAAACUUAUAU